AGCACGGCAGCCACACCAAAACUCUGACUUUCCUUUAUAAUGGCUCGCGGCCUUGCAGUUGUCGGAUUGGUGGCUGUGGCUGGCAGCUUGGCCUUUGUGCCAGGCGCUUUGCCACGUGGAAGCACCCCAUCUCCCAGGCAUGCAGCUGCCACGCCCAACAUGGAGACUGAGAAUGGCUGGGGUUCGCUGCCGACUUUAGUCGGAGGCGUGGCCUUGGGACUGUUCUUCAGCCUUGCCACUGUGGCCCCAGUGCGUGCUGACGAGGAGGCAGCCAAGCAGGAACCGGCUGGACCGACCGAUGAGGAGAUCCUGGCAAAGGGCUGCGACAUCCGCUUGGACUGCACCACUAGGGAGCAGCAGUUUGCUUGGGCGAAGGCCUACUACAGAAAGUACAACAAGGAGACCGAUGGCAAGGAUCCCAAGUACAGCCAGCCUUCCACCGGAGCUGGCGUGUACCGCAAGUUCAAGAUCGACUGGACCAACCCAGACCCCAGCAUCCCUGACACCGUGGAUGGCACCUACCCCAUCCGUGAUGAGGAGUUCAAGAAGGUUUGGGAAGGCCGCCAAGCAGAGCUGAAGCAGCGUGUUGAGAACUUCCUGGGCAGACCUGUGGUGGAGGCUCGCUUCAAUGGAGAUUACUACUCCAAGAAGAGCCCUUUCCAUUCCCAGCAGGGUGAUUGGUGAGAACCAACUACUGUAUGUUUUGAGUGUGGCACUGGGGCUGAGAAUAUUUCACACCUUAUAUAGGGGGAUCAACUUGCCGUGAGCAGAGCCACC